GGGGUGGGGUGGGGUGGGGGGGGUGCACAAUUCCGCGCACGGUCACCAUCUUACACAUACAUGCACACACACACGUACACAUACUGUGCUCAGCGGCAGCAAGGGGCUUUAAACGGCUUUUGAAAAACGAAAGGGAGACAAAAGGACUGUAACCUGCUACAAUGGAGGACAACAUGGAUGAUUCCCAGAGCCAGAAAGGCUGUAAGGAGUGCUGUGAGCGCUGUGUGGGCAGCCUGCCCUGGGCCUCCCUCAUCGCCACUAUCCUGCUCUACAUGGGCGUGGCCUUGUUCUGCGGCUGCGGCCACGAGGCUCUGAGUGGCACCGUGGGCAUCCUCCAGAACUACUUUGAGCUCAUCAAGAACCCCGGCGAGCUGCUGGACGUCUUCACCAUCAUCGACAUCCUGAAGUACAUCAUCUAUGGCCUGGCAGGGGGGUUCUUCGUGUUCGGGGUGCUGCUGUUGGUGGAGGGAUUCUUCACCACCGGGGCCAUCAGGGACCUGUAUGGGGAGUUCAAGAUCACCGCGUGUGGACGCUGUCUCACCGCCUUCCUGAUGUUCCUGGCCUACCUGUUCUUCCUGGUGUGGAUCGGGGUGACAGCCUUCACCGGCCUGCCUGUCUUCAUGUACUUCAACAUCUGGUCCAUGUGUCAAAACGCAAGCCUGGUGGACGGAGCCAACCUCUGCCUGGACCUGAGACAAUUUGGAGUGGUCUCCAUCUCGGAGGAGAGGAAGGUCUGCACAGGAUCGGAGAAGUUCUUCCGGAUGUGUGAAUCCAAUGAGCUGGACCUGACCUUCCAUCUGUUUGUCUGCGCGCUGGCUGGAGCAGGAGCCGCGGCCAUCGCCAUGGUCCACUUCCUCAUGGCGCUGGCGGCUAACUGGGGCUACCUGAAGGACGCCAGCAGGAUGCAGAAGUACGAGGACAUCAAGUCCAAGGAAGAGCAGGAGCUGCACGACAUCCACUCCACACGCUCGAAGGAGCGCCUCAAUGCCUACACAUAAACAGGGGAGGCUCGAUGACGCCUGCACACAUGGGAUGGCAGACAUACAAGCACCAUGACCGACACACACACGCACGCACACACACACACACACACACACACACACACACACACACACACACACACACACACACACACACACACAUGCAUACAGAAGCAGAGCCAAGAUCGGUUCACAAACAUAACACAUAAUGCAGAACACAAAAGUAGACAAAAAUACACAAAGAUAUAUUAAACACACACACAUGCAGACAAACAACCUCACUGCCUACAUAUGUACAAAUUAUCUCUCUCUUACAAACACACACACACACACACACACACACACACACACACACACACACACACACACACACACACACACACACACACACACACACACACACACACACACACACACACACACACUUCCACAUACAUAGAUGUGAUUGAAUUAUUGGUGUUGUGUGGUCGUGGGGUGGGCAGUGUUCUGUAGUGGUGUCAUGCUGUGCUGUGUAGUUCCGCCACAUUCCAACCAACAGGUGUUACGAUGAAAAGUUGUUCCCCAGGGAAAAUCGGUAACGUCCACCUUCACACACUUUCUAUUCACGCCUCCUCUCCUAAUCCCCCAUCCCCCAUUUCCUCACCACCUCUCCCAAUUUUUGUGCUCUGAACUUUCACAAUCCAUUGAUCCUGUUGACCUUUGGUUGCCCCCCCCCCCCCCACCCCCUCAACACACACACAGUCAUCCCUUCAUCGCCCCGACCUCUCCUUUGUACAGACAUGAUUGUGAAUCCUCCAAAACAAAGCACAUCUCAGUAGCACAAAAAGUCAGCGUCUGUAUACAUGCAAACCUCUUUUCCGCCAUUGACAUGAUCAUUUUGGUUUGGUCAUCUGUGUUUGGCUGUGUGUGUGUGUGUGUGGGGGGGGGGGGGGGGGUUGGGUGGGUCAGCGUUGUGGGGUGAGGUUGCGGUGUGGCUUGGCAGACAAAAAGGGAGUGAGAGUUGUAACUCUUUUUUUCACAUUUUUGUGUACGGAUUUUUUAUAGUUUUGUACAUGCACACAUGUGCACACAAACACACACACACACACACACACACACACACACACACACACACACACCAAGACAAACACGCAGAUACAACAUUAAAACAAACAUAGCCAUGCACAUAUUUAUUCAACUUCAUAAGACCUAAUGUGGCCCAAUUCAUUCACGUUAUUUUCAAUUACAUUGUAUUACCUUUUGCAUCUACAACUCCACCCUAAAGAUCACUCUCAUUAGCCUGAUGAAAUAAAAAAUGGAUCCACAAAUAAGGUGGUCAGAACAAAUAAGCUAGUUUCACACCUGAAAUUUAGGCAUAGAGACCCAUUGAGAUAAAGAUUAGCAAACAUUGCUAGUACAAUUUAACGUAUAGACCAACAUAAAUGAAUUGGUCAUUAAUUAGUCAACUGAUUUGGUGAUAAAAUACUUCUAAAACCCCUCCCUAUCUCGAUCAAUAUACAACCACUUGGUUGUAUUUGAUGGGCAUAGUGUAGAUGAUCUUUUCAUUCCAUUGGUUUCAUUGGGUUGGAUCAUUGAAGUGAAAUGUACUGCGUAUAUUGUAUGGUGCUGGUUGUCAUGCACUGAUGUUUACUGAAGCGAUUAUUCUCUGUCAGCCAAUAGAGAUAGGACUGCUGGCAGUGAUGACAACAGCACCAACAAUGAUGAUGAUGGUAAUAAUGAAGCAUGGGUCACUGUGGGACACACACAAACACAGCCACACACAGCCACACACACCCCCCCCCACACACACACACACACACACACACACACACACACACACACACACACACACACACACACACACACACACACACACACACACACACAGACACAGACACACACAAACACACACACAGAAAAACAAAAACACACGCUGAAAAGUUUUUUCAACACUAUCAUCACCUUGAGCCAUAGCUUUUUGUCGAUAGCAUUUCACUGGUUUAUUAAAACCUCCAAACAUUUUAAAUGUGAUAUAGUUAUUUAAAAUACAAAAAAAAAAAGAAUAAGUAUUCUCUUUUUGUGGGCAGUAUUCAGCACUGUACCUUCCUUUAACUGUAUAAAAUACAAUGCAUAUACAUAUGUAAAACACUUGAGGUAAGCGGCCAAAAGAAUGAGGAUUGAUAAUGGAGUGGGGAGAAUGUCCUUCUGUGUUUUCUUGGUUCUUUAGUUUUGUUCGGUUCUGUUCUUUCUACUGUGUUAUAGACUUAAAUUCCCAAAGAGGGCUUGUUUUUACUAUAUGAAUUGAUUUGACUUGGCUUUUCCUACAGAACAAAUUAUUUGUUGCAACAAAGACCUAGAAUAGACCCUUUGCACAUAGGCAUCGUGGUAGGACAAAUGCAGGUGCAACUCAUAACACUAAUUAUGGGAUUGCUACUUUUAUGGAGCCUCUGCUGUGAUAUGUAUGGAUAUCCAUCCAGUGUAUAUCCAGACACUUGUCCAUAGUGGUGCCUUAACUCUUUCACUUCAGGUCAAAGAGAUGUGACAAUGGGCUGCAACACUAUAGUAUUAGAUUAAUUAUUAAAGACAACUUCUGUUCAUUGAACAGCCUCUGUUCAAUGAGCAUUUCCACUUAAAUCUCAAUCAUCAUGGCAGGGCAAAAAUCUAAUGGAAUAGAACAAAAUAAAGGAGCACUUAUUGCUUACAUGCAAAAUUGAAUCUGAAUAUUCAGACUACCGAAGGUAACUUUAAAUAUUGUUUACUAGAUUAGAUGUAAAUCUUUUUAUUGAAUUAUUUUGUGUAGUUUUUUUGCAGCUAAUUGCAAUAUUUAGAGGACAACAACAGAAAAGUAUUUGUGGCAUUCAGGUGUUUUUGGCUACCUUGCUCUCAUUAUGGUCAUUUUAAGGGUCUGGUUUUACAGUAUUUGAUUUCAUUGCCUGACAAUGGACAUGUCUUGUCAAUGUUUUUAAACUCAAAUUUAAAAAAAAAGUUUUGUGCACUUAUUAACCUAUUGUGAGCUCUCUCUAUCUCUCUUAUUCUUGAUGUGUAAGUGCAUUGGAAUCCUCAGACAUGUGUAUAGUCUUGCAGCAUUGGUAAUAAUGUGAAUAAAUAAUAAUAAGAUGGAAGUUGAAUAAUACAAUAAUAUUAAUAGUAAUAAUAAUAGUAAUAAUAAGGUUAUUAAUAAUAAUAACAAUCUUAUCUAUAUUGAUAAUAAUAAUAAUAAUAAUAGUAAAAUUAAAAUAAUUAUAGGUUAAAAAAAACGACAGUGAAUCUAGUUGUUCUUCGUGGCAUGGUUAUGCGUUCAAUGGUUAUACUUUUACUGAUUAAAACAAAAAAAUGUACUAUUGUCUUUUUUCUAAUGAUUCCUUUACCACUGGUGCUGUUCUUCUGUACUCGUCUGUUUACUUUUCAUUGUGCGGUAGUGCUAAUGAUUUCGCUAAUAUCUUACCUGGCUUGCUCAGUUGUGAACCAUAAAACAAUAUCAGCUGUUUGAUCAAAUUAAACCGAAUGAAUCAAUACACACCAGCUCCAAAAUAGCUGAAGAUAUCAACAGCAUGUUCUUUGUUGUGAUUUUAGGUAUGUAUUUAUGUAUUUAUAAUAAUUUAUUAAAUUUUCUUAAGUGAGACAUUACUCUGGCCUAAUACCCUAAGAAAAAUGCCUUCUUCUGUCCUCUAACUCCUUUUGGGCAUUUAGAUUUGCAUGCGUGGCAACACUUACAUGUUUUGGUCAUCCACAGCCUUUUUGUUAUUUCAGACAUCUUGAAUGAGGGGCGACCAAGGAUGAGCUAAAUCAUCCUGCAAAUUCACACUGAAAAUAACAAAACAGGCCAAAUGUAAGCACAAUGUGUGACUUAUAAAACUUUAUAUGAUUCCUUGAUAAUAGAAUGGAUAUCAUGUAAUGAUAUCCAUUCUGAUAUUGAGGAAUUCUAUUAAUUUAGCUUGACCCUCUUGUAGUAACCAUGGCAAUUGCAUGGAUGCCCCUGACUUACCCUUACAUAACAUUAUACCUCUUGUGAAUUUAAGGAGGGAUUGGUAUAUAUUUUUGACAAUGGACAUGUUUUUCUUCGUCUAUCCCUCGAUCUCUUUUGCAUUCAGAACUUUCUUUAUUUCAAUAUUUUUGCGUAGUAGAAAGCUUUAUCUGUUUCACCCCUCAGUUUUGUAUAUACAUGUGCCAACAGCUUGGGCAGACAGUGGCUUUUUUUCUUAAUUGUAUGAACAAAAACUUGCCUGCGAAUAUAAAUUCAAUCAAAUAAAAUACACUUGUGUACUUGUUAA